AUGUCCUCAUCCCCAUCCUCAGAGCUUCCCCUUCACCCCUCCCAAAACCCUAGCAACUGGCGCUUCACAUGGGAGGCCCAAUCUCACAUCCCAACCGUCCGAUUAUAUCUCUUCAACCCCCACAUCAAACCAUCAGCUCAAUGCACCAACUUAGAGGUCGACUUAUCAGUGGACCAGUCUUCACUCCUCGUCAGAUUCUACCAAGCAGAAGCCGAAGCCGAAGCCGAAGCCUGCACUUCAUUUCGGGUCCCGCUCCCUAGAGUUUUAAUCGACCCGGAGUCACCGGUUCAGUUCACAGCUUAUGAUGAUCAUAUUCAUGUUAAACUCGCUCUGCUUCUUCCCAUUGAUCAUCCUCUUGUUUCGGAAUUUGAUUCCUCGUCUGAUGAGUACCGGCCACUUUCCACCGAUUCCGAUCUAAAGAAUUUAUCUGCUUUGGAGGAAGUGUACUUUUACUGCAGAAGUUGCUCAGCUAAGUUGACAAGAUCUCUCAGAUGUUUCAAGGAGAUGCCAUCAGUCAAUUGGCAAGAAGCAGCAGACAAUUGGUUUGGGGCUUGUUGUUGUUCAUUUGGAGGUAUCAGUGAGAAGCUGGUUAGAAGUUAUGCAAAGUCCUAUACAUGUGCAGCAGGUGUUUGUCUCUUAGAUACAGAAUCUGUCAUUUUGUGCAAGGACGAUCUUGUGGGAUGUGAAUUUCCUGGAUUUAAUUGGAACCAAAGUGUUGAGUUUAAUCUGAAAUUGACUACUGACGAUAUUUUGGUCAAAGCUUCCUCAGAUGAUGCAAGUAAACAUGGGCAAACUGUCUGCUCUGAGAAUGAUGACUUUGGGAGGGAGGUCAGCAAUGGCAAGGAACAUCAUCUUGGUUCUGAGGAAGAAAACCUCAAAGAGAAACUGAGGCAUGAAGCUACUGGAAAUGCUGGUGAUUGUGGUAACUUAUCUUGCCUGUCUUCACACUUACAGACUGCAGAAAACAUGGCAACUUGUCCUGACUUCCAUGCAGUUAUGAAACAUGAUCUUGGGUACUGUGAUAAUGGAUGUCAUAGUCUUGAUCGUUUAGAAAUCUCUUCAGAGGAAAAAUCUGGAAGGGAUAUUGAACUCCUAGAGCAUCAGAAAGUAUUACUUAAUGGCUUUCUUUGGAAUGGUUUCCUGGCAAGAUCCUCCAAUCUUUCAAAAGAUGUUAGGUGGGUCGAAUUCUUGUGUCCUCAAUGUUCUUCCCUACUUGGAGCAUACCCUUGCUUCAGUGAUAGUAGUCCAUUGGACAGUGGAAUUCGCUUGUUUAAAUGCCACAUUUCAACCACUUUACCUGUUGGUGGCUCCGGUAAUACGUUUAGAUGUUAUAGCUUGGAGAGGAUGUUUGCAAUUCAGUUGCUGGAAAGUGCAAAAGAUGAAUUAUCAUUCCGGACUGUUGUGAGAGAUAUGCAAACCAAAUAUCCUAUGCUGCAAAUUGUUCUGUUGAACCCGGAUUCUUGGUGCUGCAGUGGAUGUUGUUUGUACUCCACCGAAUCAGCUUCAAGGAAAAGCAUGUAUCCAACCAUCAAGGUGCUAUUUUCUGCCUGCUGCAAUGAUGAGGAAAACGAGUCUAGGAAGCUUGAAGAAUGGAUUACCAAGAAUCAAGCAGAUGAAGUGUACAUGUUGCCAUCUCAAAUAGGAAACUUGAUUUCCUAUUUAAAGUCGGCUAAUAGUAUGUACCCUCCAUCACAAGUUCCCCUGCAGAAUCUGUCCCUGUCAUCCAUGAGAAGAUAAACAAGAUACGGGAGAUUUUGAUCUCCAACAAAAUCUUAUUGUGGUCGGUUUGCACGAGGAGGAUCUGAAAUCCCAAAGAAGGCUCAGAUUUUUAAUCUUGCAAGUUCUAUAGAAUUGUACGCAAUUUCAAGUUGCCAGAUUACUAGGGGGCUGAUCUGGCUGUCAUUCUGUUCCAUGACCAGAGGUUUAAAAAUCUCCCUCCGACUAUGCACGCUCUUUCAAGAGGAAAAAGAAGCGUCUAGGAUAUUGAAACUUACAGUUCAUCAUGGCAGUGCCAGUACGAUUAUAACACCUACCAUUAGAGGCAUUUGAAGCGUAACUGGUGCCCUUGCCCGACAGAGAGGGUGGAAAAUUAGGGGUUGCAAUGGUAUGCGGAGCCCGCAACUUACGAGGUAUGGGAUUCUGUGAUCGAGUCAACAACGACGAGACGCAAUCCCUGCAUAAAUGAAUUUCCCUUUGAUCUUUGGUGGGACUGGUAUAUAUGUUUGCUUUGUUCUUUGGUGGAAAAUAAAAAGCUAUUAUUCCAAAAGACAAAAAGUAAAUUAUGCUGUCUAAUUGGUGAUAUGUUCUUUGAAAAUUAUUUCGUGGCAAUCAUUUUGUCUCGGAUAUUUUGAAU